AUGACUUUGGUUGUUGUAGGUUUAGCAUUAGGAUUAGGUUUACGUAUUGGAUUAAAUAAUGAUAGUAAAAAUUUAACUUUAAUCAUCUCGAAUAGUUUGACAUUAACGACAACAAGAACUUCGACAAACAUGACAACGACCAAUAGGGCAGUAACAACUACAGCAAGUUCAACAACAACAACUCUAACAACAACAAUAUCCAUGACAACAACAAUAACGAUAACAAUAAUAA